AUUGACUCUAAUAUGCUCAAAUAAAACUUUCACUUGAUUGCACUUUUCUUAUUUUGUUCUUAAUUUUAAGACUAAAAAGCUUUUAAAAUGGCUCGCUAUUUCAAGGAACAGGAUAUUGAUGAAUUCAGGGAAUGCUUUUAUCUAUUUGCACGCUCUGGUCAGAUUACGUCCCUAGAUGAAUUGACAGUGGUCAUGCGUUCACUGGGCAUGAGUCCUACUAUUCAGGAACUUACAGGUUAUCUAAAGGGUAAAGGUGGCAAAAUGUCGUUUGCUGAUUUUUUAGAAGUAAUGCAUAUACAUUCCCGAGCCGAAAAUCUACCCAAUGAGGUGGUGAAUGCGUUCAGAGCUGGAGACCCGGAGAAGAAAGGCGUGGUGCCGGCCAAGCAACUGCGUAAUUUACUACAGAACUGGGGAGAGGGACUGUCACAGCGCGAGGUCGACAACAUAUUCCGCGAAGCAAACGUUUCCAAUAAUGGCACAGUUCGGUACGAGGACUUUGUGAAGAUAGCCUGUGCUCCUGUCCCAGAUUAUUAUUAAAAUGAUAUUAAAUUGUCAAAUAAUAAAAUUGGCGUAAAUUAACGAGACUGUAAAUCGGCAUUCCAAUAUUUUUAUAAUUAUAUUAUAAAAAUAUUUAAUAUUGAAAUAAACUAUUUAUUAAAAAUUAACUAGCUUUUAUUCUAUUAUUUAUAAAUAAAAUUUAAGUGUUUGUCUGUAAUAACGAAAUGAUUGUCUUUUAUUGAACGCAGGGGGUUGUUCUCAUGCUAUAAAAGUAUUUUCUGUUCAGGCUAACCUUUGCAGUGGCUGAAUCGAUUGUAUAUAAUCACUAUGUAAACAACAUAUUUGUGAUAAAACAUCUAAAGUCAUUGUUUAUUAACUAAUUGUAAGGAGAGAAUAUUUCAAUAAAACAUAUUAAAAAUUC